AUGGGUCCCCGCAAGGCCUUCCUAAACGGGUAUAUAGUAGUCGUGCGUCGGAUUCAGCCCUGGAGAGCUUUAGCUGCGCAGGCUGUUCCUCUCAUCCAUACUAGUAAUGCGGACAGUUCACCAGCCACGGGUUUUUACAGUCUGCGAUUCGUUGUCUCGCAUCCACACCCUCCUACGGUACCAGCAAACCAUACUGUUUCGGGUACCAACACAAGCUUCGAUCGACAUGUCAUCUUAGUGUCAAAUAACAGCCAGUGGAUAAUAAAUCCGUGGUCAAUCGGAAGAACCCUGAGUUGGCCUGGACCUGUUAAAAGCUUGGAGGCGGGGCGUUACGGCCACCUACGGAAACACAAUCCUGCUGCCUACGAGGAACUCAAUUUUGCGUCGUCCAACAAGCAUUGCUGUUGUGUUAUGCUCCGGGCAUAUUAUUAUCCUCGAGUCCAAGAAGAGUAUCUAUUGCGGCUGUUCCUGUAUCGAUGCCUGAAGGACACAGCCUCGUUCGCGACCGUGCGGAAGAAGGACCAGAGUCUUAAUGUUCAUGAGUCUUUACAGUCCACAUACCCUGGGGGGAUAUUCCGCGUCGCGGCAAAGGCGGAUUUCCCCGCAGAAGGGAGUAAAUCAUUUCGCACCCAGACGAUGUGCUGGGCCCUCCUAUUAAAGUAUGGGGUGUUUUAG